UAUAGAUUCUAUAAACUCCAAAAGUAGAAGUAUACAGAUAUUCCGGAAUAAUGACGAAAAAAAAGUUACAAAGGGCGUACAUCGCCUUGUUCCUUACCACGGUGGGGAUAAUGGUGGGCUGCAUGGUCCUGAUCGGGAUCUAUUCUGGCUACAAGCACGAGGAGGUCAAGUUCAAGACGAUGCUGGCGAGCAUGGUGAUAGUGCUGCUUUUCCAGUACAUCAUCGGAGAUCCAUUGAAGUUCGUAGUCCUCUCCAUAGACAGGGCCUUCUGGCCGCGAAAGAUUUACUUGCCGAGCCCCAUUGGAAAGGACGACGAAGAGGAGUACGACAGGCGGGAGUACCUGAAGAUGCGUCUCAACAUGGAGAGGCGGAACCUGGUGAUAACCUCGCAGUACCGCAACUGGGCCCUCAACGAGCGCUACAAGCUGAUUGCCGCCGAUUUGCUGAUCUACGGACAGUACUUCCUCUGCCUGAUGGCCCUGGUGAUGGUCACCCGGGACGAGACCCUCUACCACAACACCCGGAUCAUCAACGACCUGUUCUAUUACAACCACACCGAUUACUACGGCCUCAAGGAGAUCUAUCACAUGAACCAGUUGUUCGACUUCAUCGAAGCCACCUUGGUGGCGGCCUUCAAUAAGAACUCCAGCAUGGGCUCCAGUUGGGUGCAUUCCGAGCAAACGGUGCUCAUGGGCGUGAUCCGGUUGCGGCAGGUGCGAGUGGUGGAUCCGCGUCAUGGCUGGGAUGCGCCCCGAUUCUCGGAGAUGUACUACAUGCCGGACUGGCAGCUGCCGUACCGGAAACUCCACUAUGCCGACAAGUACUGGAGGAUCUAUGAGCCCUGGAUUCCGAUUACCGUCAGCUUCGAGUUCAUCGAUGGGCUGCUCAUGAACUUCAUGCACCAUGGUUUUCUCAACAACUAUCCGGAACUCAUCGGAUAUGUCAGCUUGCUGGCCCGGAGUCAGGCGAAUAGUAUAAAGGUCCUGGACUACCUCACGGAGUACAACUGGCUUACCCUGAACACCACCGCGGUCUUUAUAGACUUCACCCUGUACAACGUGGACGCGAAUCUCUUCAGCAUCUGCACCCUGCGCGUGGAGAAGACCCCGUUCGGUGGCAUUCUGCCCCACGUGGAUGUGGAGAGCACGAAGCUGGUGGAGGAGGUGGAUCAGAUGCCCUACACCGGCCUCAUGGCCCUGCUGGUCUACAUUGUGGUGCUCAUCCAGUUCUCCCAGAUGCUGGCCAUUAAGCUCUGGUACGAGCCCUAUCUCCUGAAGAUCAUCUGGAACAAGCUGGAUCUUGGGAUAUUCCUGUUGAAUCUCCUGGUGGUGGUGCUGGUGGUGCUCCGCGAGGCUCUCGUCAAGGGCAUGAUGCAGCAGGUGGCCGGGGCCAGUAAGAUGGAGUUCAUAGACUUCCGGCGGCCCUCGAGGAUGCAUCAGUUGACGACGAUAACGGUGGGAUUCCUGAUCUGCAUCACGACGCUGCGACUGUGGCGGGUGUUGCAGUUCUCCAGUGUGUUCCAGCUCUUCACCCAGACCCUGUACCUGGCCUGGUCCGCCGUGGCCAGCACCUUCAUGGUGAUAGUGGUCUUCCUCAUCGGAUACUGCUUCGCCGUGGUCACCAUCAAUGGUAACAAUAGCGGUAACUUUCACAGCUUCAUCAAGAGCCUGGUGAUGUGCAUGUGCUUCACGUUCGGAUUCAGCAGCCAGGUGAAGCCAUCGGAGCUCUUCUACGGCGGCGAGGUUCUCGGCAUCGUCCUGUACGGCAUCCUGGCCUUCGUCAUCGCCGUCCUCCUCAUCAACGUCUUCGUGUCCCUCAUCAACGACUACUUCAGCACGGCCAAGGCGAUGCGGGACUCGGGCGAGAAGGAGCAGUGCAUCAACUUCAUACAGUUCCUCCAUGUGGAGUUUCCCCGCAUGUUCACCAUCCUCCAGAAUCUGCCCUUUUUCCGGAAGCACUACGUCCGCAACAACCGCACCGUCUCCGAGAAUAUCCGACGUAAGCUGGACGAAAUGGACCGGAAACGAUACAUGGCUGCCAGGCAGCGUUCUGGAUUCAGUAUCGUGGAAAAGGAGCCGAUCUUCCUGCAGAAAACCAAGUACAUGGACAAGGGUGAGAAGAUGAUCAAAAUGGGAAAGAUUCUCAACGUCCAGCUGGAGCUGCUGGCCUUGUUGCUAUUCGAUAAUGAUGGGAAGGAGAACAAGAGUAAGGCAGAGAAGCAUCCUCCACCCAAGGAAGAUGAUGACCAGCCCCAGGGGCCGGAUCUUCGAAAGCGUCGUAAUAUCUUCAACUGGAGGAGGCAACGCAAGGAAAGGGAUGAGGUCGACGUGUAGGUUUAGAUUUCAAUUAAAAUUUU